CCACCCACGCACGAGCAAGCGGGAUGACGUCCAGCCACCGCCGCCUCCGUCCCCGCCCGACGUCGGCGCCGCCGCUGGAGGACGACGACCUGCUCGACGAGGUCCUCAUCCGCCUCUCCCCGGAUCCGUCCUCCCUCCCGCGCGCCUCGGCCGUCUGCGCCCGCUGGCGCCGCCUCGUCUCCGACCCCGGCUUCGUCGGCCGCUUCCGCCUCCGCCACCGCCGCAGCCCUCCCAUCCUCGGCUGCUUCAUCAGGGACAAGCAGAGCCCGAUCGUCUCCUUCGUGCCCACCAUGGAGGCCCCCAAUCGUGUCCCCGCCGAGCGCUUCUCCUUGCAGCUCGCCGGCCGCGGCCCCAUCACUUUCCUCGACUGCCGCCACGGCCUCCUGCUCAUGUUCCUCCCGUGUUGGAUCAAGGUCCUGGUGUGGGACCCCGUCACCGGAGACCAGCACCGCCUCGACAUUCCCCCGGGGUUCGACACGAAGCAGGGGAUCGGCGGGGCGGUGCUUCGCGCCGCCGGGGCCAUCCGCCACUUCCAGGUGGUCUUGUUGGGCAGAGACAGGCAAGUGAUCACCGCCUGCGUGUACUCGUCCGAGGCGGGCGUAUGGGGCGGUCUCAUCUCGACUCCGCUUCCAAAUGAGGUGCCAGUGGACUUCGAUUUUAGGGGGGUGCCUGUGCUGAUUGGGGAUUCCCUUCACUGUUUGAUUACGGGUAGCUGUUCUGGAAUCCUUGAGUUUGAUUUGAAUUUGGGGAUCCUAACCGUGAUACCAGGGCCUGUGGAUAUUUUGGAUGCGGGUAGUUGCCAAUCCACGGUUAUGCGGGCAGAGGAUGGUGGGCUUGGUGUUCUAUUCAAGUCAGACUGCAAUGUCCAAUUAUGGAGGAGGAAGAUUGAUUGUGAUGGCGAGGCCUCAUGGGUGCUGGGAAGAACUUUUGAGCUAGACACGCUACUUUCCCUGAAUUCAGAGGAGAAAAGGUACACGGUGAUGCUAGGCUUGGCCGAGUACAAUAAUGUGGUGGUGGUGCAGACGGUUGCCGGCCACUUCAUGGUCCAGCUCAAGUCAUUGCAGUUCAAGAAGAUGUCCGAAACCAUCAGUUCGCAUUUCCAUCAACCAUUCGAAAGUGUCUAUACUGGAGAAACAAGCAUUGGUGGUGGAGGACACAAUGGAGCUGAACUUUUGCGCAACACUUAAGAUGACUGUCUGGUUCAGUAUGUUAUUAUGAUGUAUUGGUUGAGUAGCGAGGACUCAAGAUACUCUCCAUGAACCUUAGCUCAGCUCGCGCCAACCUGGCCGCCUCCCGCCGCUCUUUAUUGGCGUGUUGGAUCUUCCCUCCAGGCCCUCACUUCCUCAUCCCUUCCUCAGCCGCUUUCUGUCCCCUUCAUCACUCCUUCACCCUGCUACCUUCUCUUCUAUUUGCUCAUGUUGUCUCCCCCUCUCUACUGUUUGGAUCAUGCCAAAAAUGUGAGAUUGUAUGACUCUAAUCGUUUUUCCAUGAAUGAAAUGGCAAAUUGGUUUUACUAAUGACAUUGAGCACUCCUCAGGUAUCUAGAAUUGUAUCCUGGUUGCUGAGAUGCGGGACUUGGAUUCUGUGCUGUAGUAUGUAGGUUCUUCCGUUUAGUAUGUUUCACGUGGAGUCAAAUUGGCCAUCUACGUUGCAAACAUCUGCUCUCAGGUUUGCCUGUCGAUGCGUACUGCUUGUGAGGCUUUUUUGUUUUGAAGCUGAGGAUGUGUUUAGGUCUGGUAGUUCUAGUUUCCGUCAUGUUUGUUGCUGGUCUGGCGCAUCUGCCUACUCCUGUGCUGUUUAAAGUAUACUUUGUACCUGGUUUUGUUUUCAGCAGUGGAAAUGGGGCCUGGGCGAGAGCCUUUUUCCUCUAAAAAAAUCUGGUCUCAGGUGUCUAGAAUUGCAUUGAUAUUGCCUAUUUGCGUUCUCUGUUUUUAUUACUCUAGAAGCUGAAAGUAUGUCACCGCACUGCAUAUUACAUAUUUGCGUUUGCUGCUUCUGUUACUGUUCUCUCCCAAAUAUUGCUGGUUUGGAGUUUUCAGCACAAUUUCCAGUGGUGAAACUAAUGUUUACUACACCCUCCGUUUUUUUACUCUGCAUAUAAGAUUUGGUCGAAGUCAAACUACACAAAGUUUGACCAAAUUUAUAUAAAAAAAAUAUGAACAUCUACAAUAC